GGUCUGCAGGAGGUUUUAGAUGAACAUCAGAUCAGUCUGAGCAACACAUGUGAAUGUGUGACUCAAGGAACUGAUGAAGCAGGAAUUGAAAUCCUCCUCAUCAGCAUCUUCACUGAGGUCCACAUCACAGAGGGACAGAGUGAAGAGGUUAAUACCCAACAUGAGGUGAGGCAGCUUGAAACAGCUUCCAAGAUGAAGACCCUCCAUGACGCUCCAAUCAAGUGUCAGGACAUCUUUAAAGUCUUACCUGACCAACAGAAACACAUCAGAGUGGUUCUGAUGAACGGCGUCGCUGGCGUUGGAAAAACCUUCUCAGUGCUGAAGUUCACUCUGGACUGGGCACAGCGCUCCAACAACCAAGAUAUCAGUCUGCUGAUUCUGUUCUCGUUCAGGUCGCUGAACUUGAUCAAAGAUGAGCAGUACAGUCUGCUCAUGCUGAUCCGUGUUUUCUAUCCAACAUUACAGAAGCUCACAGCAGAGAAGCUCGCUGUCUGUAAAGUUUUGUUCAUCUUUGACGGCCUGGAUGAAAGCAGACUUUCACUGGAUUUCAACAACAGUGAGGUCGUGUCUGAUGUCACACAGAAGUCAUCAGUCAGUGUGCUGUUGACAAACCUCAUCAAGGGGAAGCUGCUUCCCUCAGCUCUUAUCUGGAUAACUUCCCGACCUGCAGCAGCCAAUCAGAUCCCUCCUUCAUGUGUUAGCAGGGUAACAGAAGUACGAGGCUUCACUGACGCCCAGAAGGAGGAGUACUUCAGGAGGAGAUUCAGUGAAGAAGAGCAGUCCAGCACAAUCAUCUCACACAUCAAGACAUCCAGGAGCCUCCACAUCAUGUGUCACAUCCCAGUCUUCUGCUGGAUCACUGCUACAGUUCUGGACCACAUGUUGACUACAGACCAGAGAGGAGAGCUGCCCAAGACCCUGACUGACAUGUACUCACACUUCCUGCUGGUUCAGACAAAGAGGAAGAAGAACAAGUAUGAUGAGGGACAUGAGACGAGUCCACAGGAGCUGACGGAGGCUGACAGGAACCUUCUUCUGAAGCUGGGGAGGCUGGCGUUUGAACAAAUGAAGAAAGGAAACAUCAUGUUCUACCAAGAAGACCUGAAGCAGUGUGGUCUUGAUGUCACAGAGGCUGCAGUGUUAUCAGGAGUUUGUACAGAGAUCUUCAAAAGAGAGAGUGUGAUCUUCCAGAAACCAGUCUACAGCUUUGUUCAUCUGAGCGUUCAGGAGUUUCUGGCUGCAGUCUACAUGUACCACUGUUACACCAACAGGAAGACAGAGGUACUGAAGGACUUCCUGGGAGGAUACUACAGUAACUCAUCUCUGGAUGACUUCCUGAUGAAAGCCAUGGUGAGAUCGCUUAAAAGUAAAAAUGGCCACCUGGACCUGUUUGUCCGCUUCCUUCAUGGCCUCUCUCUGGAGUCCAACCAGAGUCUCUUAGGAGGCCUGCUGGGUCAGACAGACAACAGUCCAGAAACCAUCCAGAGAGUCAUCAACAACCUGAAGGAGAAGAAAAGUGAGUUUAACUCUCCUGACAGAAGCAUCAACAUCUUCCACUGUCUGAUGGAGAUGAACGACCGCUCAGUACAUCAGGAGAUCCAAGAGUUCCUGAAGUCAGAGAACAGAUCAGAGAAGGAACUCUCUGUGAUCCACUGCUCAGCUCUGGCCUACAUGCUGCAGAUGUCAGAGGAGGUUCUGGAUGAGUUUGACCUGAAGAAGUACAACACAUCAGUGGAGGGACGACAGAGACUGAUCCCAGCUGUGAGGAACUGCAGAAAGGCUCGACUUUGGGACUGUGGACUCUCAGAGACUCACUGUGAAGUUUUGGCCUCAGCUCUGAAGUCCAACUCCUCCCAUCUGACAGAUCUGGACCUGAGCUACAACAAACUGUCUGAUUCAUCAGUGAAGCGUCUGUCUGCUGGACUGGAGAGUCCAAACUGUAGACUGAAGACUCUGAGACUUUCUUACUGUGAACUCUCAGAGACUCACUGUGAAGUUUUGGCCUCAGCUCUGAAGUCCAACCCUCAUCUGACACAUCUGGACCUGAGCUUCAACAAACUGUCUGAUUCAUCAGUGAAGCGUCUGUCUGCUGGACUGGAGAGUCCAAACUGUAGACUGGAGACUCUGCUACUUUAUAACUGUAAACUCUCAGAGACUCACUGUGAAGUUUUGGCCUCAGCUCUGAAGUCCAACCCUCAUCUGACACAUCUGACCCUGGGUAGAAACAAACUGUCUGAUUCAUCAGUGAAGCGUCUGUCUGCUGGACUAGAGAGUCCAAACUGUAGACUGAAGGCUCUGAGAUUGCAGAGCUGCAGUUUGUCAGAGAUCAGCUGUGAUUAUCUGGCCUCAUCUCUGAAGUCCAACUCCUCCCAUCUGAGAGAGCUGGAUCUGAGAUACAACAACCUGAAGGAUUCAGGAGUGAAGCAGCUGUGUGGUUCUCUGGAGAGUCCAGACUGUAAACUGGAGACUCUGAUAUUGUGGGAGUGCAGUUUGUCAGAGAUCAGCUGUGAUUAUCUGGCCUCAGCUCUGAAGUCCAACUCCUCCCAUCUGAGAGAGCUGGAUCUGAGAUACAACAACCUGAAGGAUUCAGGAGUGAAGCAGCUGUGUGGUUCUCUGGAGAGUCCAGACUGUAAACUGGAGACUCUGAUAUUGAUGUUCUGCAGAUUGUCAAAGAUCAGCUGUGAUUAUCUGGCCUCAGCUCUGAAGUCCAACUCUUCCUCCCAUCUGAGAGAGCUGGAUCUGAGAGGAAACAACCUGCAGGAUUCAGACGUGAAGCAGCUGAUUGAUCUUCAGCAGAGUCCAGACUGCAGACUGGAGACUCUGGGAUGGGGGUCAUGAUCUCUGUCAGAGUGAGAGUGAACAUCCAGGAGUGUUGAGAGAGGAUCAGCUGGAUCCUGAUGAUCCAUCUGGAGUCUGGAUCUGGAUUUUGUCGUCUUCACUUAAGUCUCUUAACUGACUACAAACUGAACAGUUAUCUCUGGAUUUAGCUGAAGUCAGCACUUUACAGAUUUGUUCGACGUGAGCUGUUUGAUGCAGAAAAUAUA